GUUAAUUUAGUCGUUGAGCUCGCAUGGAACAGACGUGCGCGUCGCAGUUGUCGGAACAGCAAAAGCAACACGAGUACGAAACGCAUAUACAAGUAAAUAAAGAUACAAAACAAAAAAACAAACGCAAGCAGUUGCCAAUUGAAAACCCACACGCGAAGUGAAUUCAGUGAAAAGUGCACAACUAGCAGUAGAAUAAGAAGAAGAAGAACAAGAAGAAGAGCAAGUGGAUAAGAGGUGUAGAACGUUGAUAAGCCGCGCGUCAAGUUAACAAAUGGCCCUUGAGGAUCGCUGCAGUCCACAAUCAGCGCCCAGUCCACCAGGUUGUUUGCCGCAGUCGCCGCCCCAGCAGCACCAGCAUAUUCUCCAGCCGAAUCUGCGAAUCCACGCAAUCCCAAUCUCGAUCACCGCGCUUGACAUGAGUCUACAGCCGGGCACAGCUGCCACGGCGGCAACCCUUUACCAGCAGCAGCAGCUGCAGCAUCUGCACCAGCUGCAGCAGUUGCAGCAGCUCCAUCAGCAGCAGCUGGCCGCCUCUGCCGGCGUCUUUCAUCACCCGGCCACUUCGGCUGCGUUCGAUGCGGCUGCUUUGCACGCUGCUGCACUGCAGCAACGGCUCAGCGCCAGCGGCUCGCCGGGAGCUCAUUCGACGGGCGCCUGCUCCACGCCCGCCUCGACGCUGACCAUCAAGGAGGAGGAGAGCGACUCGAUUCUCGGGGACAGCUUCCACAACCAGACAGCUACCACGGCCACAGAAGAGGACGAGGAGGAGGACGAUGACAUUGAUGUGGACGACACCGCCUCUGUCUCUGGAUCCGCUCGUCUGCCCCCACCAGCUCACCAGCAGUCUAAGCAGUCGAAGCCCUCGCUGGCCUUCUCCAUCUCCAACAUCCUCAGCGACCGCUUCGGCGAUGCCGCCAAACAGACCAAACAAGGCGACUCCACUGGCGUCUCCGUCUCCGCAGCCGCCGCUGCGGCCAGCAUCUUCCGCCCGUUCGAGGCGAGUCGCGCUGCCGCAGCCACGCCCUCCGCGUUUACUCGCGUCGAUCUGCUGGAAUUCAGCCGGCAGCAGCAAGCAGCUGCCGCAGCUGCCACCGCUGCGAUGAUGCUGGAGCGCGCCAAUCUGCUGAACUGCUUUAACCCGGCCGCCUAUCCGCGCAUCCAUGAGGAGCUUGUCCAAAGUCGGCUGCGCCGCAGUGCAGCUGGCAAUCCGAAUGCCGUGCUGCCGCCGACGGCGAAGCUGACGGAACCCAGCGUGGAGAAGUCGGCCCUGGGCUCCUUGUGCAAGACGGUCUCGCAAAUUGGCCAGGCGCAGUCGACGACGCCCGUGACGACGCCGAGCAGCAGCGCCUGCCAGCUGGCCAGUCCUCCGCCCGCCUCGAAUGCAUCUACCAUCAGCAGCAGUUCCUCCACAGCAGCCAGCUGCAGCGCCUCCUCCUCCUCCGGCUGCUCCUCGGCGGCCAGCUCGCUGAACUCGUCGCCCAGCAGCCGCCUGGCCGGAGCCAAUAAUGCGAGCAGCCCGCAGCCCAUACCACCGCCCUCCGCUGUCAGCCGCGACUCCGGCAUGGAGUCCUCGGACGACACCCGCUCCGAGACAGGUUCUACCACCACCGACGGCGGCAAGAACGAGAUGUGGCCUGCGUGGGUGUACUGCACCCGGUACAGCGACCGUCCCAGCUCAGGACCCCGCUAUCGUCGCCCCAAGCAACCAAAGGACAAGACCAAUGACGAGAAGCGUCCACGCACCGCCUUCUCCAGCGAGCAAUUGGCACGCCUCAAGCGCGAAUUCAAUGAGAAUCGCUACCUCACCGAAAGACGCCGCCAGCAGCUGAGCUCCGAGCUGGGCCUGAACGAGGCACAGAUCAAGAUCUGGUUCCAGAACAAGCGCGCCAAAAUCAAGAAGUCGACGGGCUCAAAGAAUCCGCUGGCCCUCCAGCUGAUGGCCCAGGGUCUCUACAACCAUACGACGGUGCCGCUGACCAAAGAGGAGGAGGAGCUCGAGAUGCGCAUGAACGGGCAGAUUCCGUAAAUGGCUACCGCUCCCUGCUUCCUGCUCCCUACACCCGGCUGGUCCUCAGUGUGCAAUAUUAAAAGGCGCCAUCCCCUCGCUCCUGGCUGAUGGCUGGUGGAUUGUGAAUUUGUGCGGCGUACAAAACUGUGUUCAUGUGAUAUAAUUGUAAUAUACAUCUAUCGUCUCGUAAAGUAUCGUAUCGUAUCGUAUCGUAUCGUAUGCUAUCUAUAAGCUUCGAGUUCAAUUCUCCGUUGUUAUUUAAGCUACACAGAAAGUAUUAUUCUCCUUUUCUGCAGGCCUUCUUAGGGGUAGCGCCCCCUUCUUCAUAAAUAUUGCUUUGCAGUCUUGUAUUCUAACCAAAAGCUAACAAAAACGUUAAUUCCUAGCUAAACAAACACUUUCUUAUUUUGUAUCUAUAAUUCAAUAUAUGUAUGCUUAACGUGUUAUAAGUAAUUUAAAAGUUCAUUAGAUUAAUUUAUAGCUUAGAGAAAAACACAUUUAAGCGCUUCGGCGAAGAAGUAUUUCUAGUUUUUAAGUCGCAAAACGAAAAUGUUGUGGAUGAAAA